AAGAAGAAGAGGAGGAGAAGGAAGGAUUUCCAGCUCAGUCAGAGUAAAAUGUCUCCCCGACGGUUGGAAACCAGACCAGCCAUUUUCUGCCUGCAGUUCCUGCUGCUGCUCUACUCUGCAAUCUUCUGGGUGACAGGUGUGGUGCUGCUCUCCAUCGGUCUGUGGUGGAGGUUCAUGUUGGGCCCCUACACGCUGCUGAUCUCCACUGGUUCCUCCGGUGGUUCCUCUAGCGCCCCCUACGUGCUCGUCGGUGCCGGCGCCGCCAUCGUGCUGUUUGGACUGUUCGGCUGUUUCGCCACCUGUAGGGGGAAAUGCUGGAUGUUGAAGCUGUACGCUGUGUUUCUGACUCUGGUCUUCGUGACGGAACUCGUCGCAGGAAUCUCUGGAUUCGUCUUUCGCCACGAGAUUAAAGGGACGUUCCUGACGACGUACAGCGACGCAGUGAUUAGAUACGACGGACGAGACGACCGCAGUCUGGCGGUCGACAACGUCCAGAGAAGUCUUCACUGUUGUGGAGUUUACAACUACACCAGCUGGUUCAGCAGCAGAUAUUUCUCCGUGGGAGGAAUUCCCUCGAGCUGCUGCGUUCGUUUCUCCGACUGCAGCCGAGCCGACAUGAAGAACCAGACUCUGGCGGCCGGAAAAGUUCACAAACAGGGAUGCUACGAGCUGGUCGUUUCCUUCCUGGCGAGAAACAUGGGAAUCAUCGCUGGAGUUACGUUUGGAAUCGCCUUCUCUCAGGUGUUGGGAGUCAGUCUGUCCUGUUGUCUGUCUCUUCUCAUCAGGACCAACCAGUACCAGAUGAUCUGAAGCUCUGCUCUGUUUCCAGGAGACGAGGGGACCGUCGUCACCGUGGCAACCGGCAUGAACACACUCCUCGGGUGUUUACUUUGUGUUUUCCAGUGUUUGUUUGGGUUUUUCCUGAAGAACUGCAGGAUUUCCAGCGGUUCUUCUGCAGCAGCUGCUACUUCCUGUUUGGAUUGUUUUAUUUCACUAAAAACUCUCCUGAAAACGUUGUUUCUCUGGCUGUCGUGACAAAAUAAAGGUUUCUG